CGGGUUUAGGAGAUAGCGGUAGGGGGUAUUGUGCAUGCCGAAAAAUGAAAGAAAAUUGCAUAAAUUAAAUUAGUACAUAUAACCUAAUUUUAUUCGAUGGCAUUUAGUAUUGACAUAAGUUUGUCAAGUCAUGACUGACAGUGCAACCAUUUGUGGUUGCUAUGGCCUUGCAUUUGGUAUAGCUGGUGGGUUAACGUGGAUAUUUUACAACAGGGCAAGUAAAUUACAGACUAUAUUGCAGAAUGUAGAGAAGUUUGAAGUGGAUAGUCGGCUUUUAAACCAUGUCAAAAGCAAAGGUGGCACAGUACCAUACGUAGCUGUCACUGGCAAUGUUGUUCCAGAUGGGAGUUUUAUCACAGGCAGUCUAAACAAGAAUUCGCAAGGUGUUAUACAAAGGCUUUCGACCAGGGAACUGCAGUCUAAAUGGAUUCCUAGGUCAAAAACUUGGUCAGAUGACUUUAAAACGAUUUUUUCUCACACGCAUACAGUACCCUUUAGUUUGGAGAGCGGUAAAAACAUUAAAGUUGCCGUAGAACAUCCUUUAAAAGCAGAGCAUUUAGAAUUAACAACAGAGUUUCAUCAUUACGAGCCAUCACAGACAGCUGUUACAGAUAAGCUCAUAAAUUUCGUAACAGGAGAGUGUGUGAAAGGGAUAGAGAAAAGUGAGAAGUUUUUGUUAAACAAAACAAAAUUGACAGCAAUUGGUUUAGUCACGCUUGAGAGAAACAAUAAGUUAAAAAUUGCGCCACCUACAAUUAGCGUAGCUCAGUAUGUUUUAACAAGACAUUCUGUUGAGGAUUUAAUAGAUUCACAACAAACAUUCAUUCAUGUUUUAAAAAUUAUAACUUGGUCACUUCUACUUGUCAGUGGUGCCUGCCUGUCAUAUUGGUUUUACAAGCGAUACAUAGUGAAGUAUUUGGAGGCUAGAGAGUAUAGCCGUUUAUACGAUGAUUUUAAUCAGACUGAACAAAAUGAUAAUAGUUGUGUUGUCUGUAUUGAACGGUCACGAGAUGUUGUUAUUUUGCCGUGUGGUCAUGUGUCUUCAUGUAGGCGUUGCACGGAAUUGCUUGAUAAAUGUCCGAUAUGCAGGGGUCAUAUACAACGAUGUGUACCGAUAUUUCUAAGUUAGUUUAGGUAAACCAAGUUGCAAAACGUGCAUGUUCGAAUCUUACGAUGUACCUUUGUUAAAGCAUGCCUAAGCAAAUAUAUUUCUUUUUACAUUCGAGCAACACGAUCUCGUGAGGAGCAAACCAACUUUUUUUUGUCAAUUUAGGGAUUUCGCCAACUCAAGUUCUACACAGUAAAAUUUAUGGCAAAAAGUCAACAAAUCACGAAUCCUUCAUCUAGAAAUGUUUUUAAUGGUAUUUUCUCAUUCAUAAAUCAUGUUUACUUACUACAUUUCUGCUUCGAACUUUUAGGAUAAAAAAUAGCUAACAGGCCAAUUAUUUCACUUUGUGGUAUUUUGCAGAUAAAGUGGAGGUGAAGGUGGGGGUGAAAUGAGCGCUUUGUGGUUAAUUUAGUUUAAAAGAGGGGAACAAUUCGGGGUAUGGUUAUUUUGCACUCUAGAGUAUAGUUAGAAUCGUACGUCAAUAAAUGCAUUAACCUC